AUCAGAAGUUUGGGAAUAUCUGUCACCGGCAAAAAAUAUAUAUAAUUUGAAUACGCUCUACUGGUUUGGUUUGUGAGAGCAGCAGGUCCUUUGCUGCAUCAGGAAAUGCCUUAAAAGGCAGUGGGGGCUCAGAGCCUCGAGCCAGUUCAUCAAAGAUUCUCCAGCAGAACUUGACUCAUAACCUCAGCAGAGCUCAGCCAGGAGAGAUGAACCCUCACGCCGCAGCCGCCACUCCGAUGUACCCGCUCAACCAGGGCGACGCGGCCCCAGGCCAGCCUCAAGGCUCCUCUGUGGUUCAUUACACCACUGUGAACGUGGCCCCAGAGCCCCCCAGAGACCACAUCGUCUGGUCCAUCUGCUGCCUCCUCUACUCCAACCCUUUCUGCCUCGGACUGGUGGCUCUCAUCUUCUCCGUCAAGGCCAGAGACAGGAAGCUGGCCGGGGAUCUGGAAGGUGCCCGUUACCACGGAAGGAUCGCCUGCAUACUCAACAUUAUCUCCACUGUCCUGGUCUCAAUCCUGACCUUGGCUUUAAUAAUUGUAAUGGCUGUCGCAAUUCAUACUACCACAGCAUAUUACAACCAUCACUCAUACGGAAAAUGAUUUUCAAGACUUCCCUGCUGAUGCACCUGCUUUGUCUUCCCUUUGAUUAUUGAUUUUAAUGAAUUAAUGGAGUGUUUUUUUCUGCAGGCAUCAUUAAAUGAAAAUGUAACUCCUGUCUGUCAUUUCCGAAUGAGUUAUACUUAAUCAUUUUGG